UGUGCUGUGUCUCUCGGACACAGCAGAUCACCGAUCAACAGAAAGAGCCAAAGAUGUCGGCUCGGUCAUGUGAUCAGCUGUGUCCAAUCACUGCUGAUCGCAUGGGACAUAUACACUGAUCAUCAGGACACUGAUGAUCAGUGUGCCCUGAUGAUCAGUGUAGUGUAGCCCCAGCAGUGCUACCUGUCAGUGCACAUCAAUGCCAGCUGUCAGUGCUCAUCAAUACCACCUGCCAGUGCCCAUCAGUGCCUCAUCAAUGCCACAUAUCAGUGCCUACCAGUGCACAUCAAUGCCCCAUAUCAGUGCCCAUCUGAGCUGCCUUUCAGUGUCACCUAUCAGUGCUAGUCAGUGCCACCUAUCAAUGCCAGUCAGUGCCACCUAUCAGUGCUGCCAAUCAGUGCUGCCUAUCAGUGCC